GGUCAUAGUUGGAAUAAUGGAUGAUAUCAACAAUAAUUUCACACUGAGUGAAGAUGUCAAUGGGCCACUACUGGCAGCUGUGAUUGGGAUGGAGAUGCUAGCAGGACUCAUUACUAACUCAUUUGUGCUCAUACUGACUGCCUGUCACUUAAAGAACUGGAAACAACCAACAACUGUAUUUCUUUCUAACAUGCUUGCAAAUAAUCUCGUUGUUAUUCUUUUUACGAUGCCUCUGUCCAUCAUAACUACAGCUAGUGGUGAGUGGAUAUUUGGAAGUACAGUGAGCCAAAAGGAAAGUGCAUGCUACUUUGCUGCCUGUAUAUUCAUAUUUAGCAUAUUGACAGCAACAGAGAGUCUGGUCUUACUGUCAUUUGAUAGAUUCUUCUUCAUUGUGAAAGCCCUUCAAUACAAGAAAUACAUGACUGUCAAUAGAGCUUUUAUAAUUGUUGCUGUUUCAUGGCUACUUGCUGCUUUUCUGAGCAUGUUACCAUUUUUUGGAUUUGGAGCAUUUGAAUUUGCAUUCAGUUAUGGUAUGUGCGUCCCUGGGUGGAGGGGCCAGGCAGGGUAUGCUAUAUUUUCUUUCAUUGUUAUAUCAAUAUUCAUUGGCAGCAUUACAGUCACGUCUAUAUGGACAAUGUGUUUCACUAGAAAAUAUCUUAAAAAUGCUGCAACAAACAUAUCAACUGCAGCAAGCCCAGGUAACCCGUAUGCAGCUCAAGAGAGGAGAGUCAUUGGAUUAUUUGGUAUGCUGAUAAUA